AUGACUAAGGGAACUUCGAGCUUUGGCAAGCGCCACACCAAGACCCACGGUCUUUGCAGACGUUGCGGUCGCCGUUCGCUCCACAACCAGAAGAAGGUCUGCGCUUCUUGCGGCUACCCUGCCGCCAAGACCCGCAAGUACAACUGGUCUGAGAAGGCUAAGCGCAGAAAGACCACCGGCACUGGUCGCCUCCGUUACCUCAGCACCGUCUCUCGCAAGUUCAAGAACGGCUUCCAGACCGGUGUCCCCAAGGGCUCCAAGGCUCCCGUCGCUGCUUAA